AAGCCGGCGGCGUCCGUUUUAACUCACUGAUUUGGAGCCUUUGUUUCUGAAUUAGGAGACUCUUCUUCUCGCUCGUAGAUCUUCUUCAACUCUUCAGUCUGCCUGCCUGCCAUGGCCGAUCACCGCCACCACCACCACCGCCCCCACCGCCUCUCCCUCCCCGAGCGCACCCCUGUCGUCGCCGCCUCCCCGGCCACUCCCAGAUCGUUCCCUCUCUACCCCUACCCUCCUCCGUCAAACCCCACCCCGACCGCAACCCCCUCCAAACAACGCCGCUCCGCCCUUAACGUCCACCGUCCUUCCCCCAGAAAAACCACCUCCAUCUCCUUCCUCUUUCUCCUCCUCUUCUCCCUCCGCUCUCUCUACUCUCUCCUCCCCUUCCUCCGCUCCUCCCCCUCCUCCUUCUCCCUCUUCCCCUUCACCUUUCUCGUCUCCCUCCUCUCUUUCCUCCUCUCCCUUUCUUUCUCCCUCUUCGAUCCCCAAACUCACCGCCACUCCUUCUUUUCCCUCGCCUCUGUUACCCCUUCCCAGCACAAGCUUCUCCUCGCCAAAUCCCUCCUCCUCGCCGUCGUCUUCCUCCUCCGAUUCCAAGCCCUCCUCUACUGCGGCACCGCUGCCAUGAUUCUCGCCGAAUUGUCUGGUAACGUUGCCGCUCGCUUCGUUGCCGAGUCCCGCAACCGCAAUCGCGAUCGAAUAGGAUUCUCCAAGGUUCGUGGCUUUUUCGCGUUGUUUCUGGGGUUGUUUUUGCUGUCAAUUAGUUGGGAUCGAAUUGAAUGCUUUCCAUUCUCUGCUAUAAACGUUGCUAAACACGGAUUGUCAAUGCUUCCCGGUGAGAAUUGUGUUAGGCUUUGGCCUAUGUUGCUUCCAUUUUUGUCUGGCUUCUUAGGUUGCUACGAGCGUGUGGCAAUGAAUGGGGGGAGUAUUAGGGAAUUGGGUCGAAAACAGGUUCGAUUGAUUUCGCUCUUUUUCACCACGGCUGUGCUUUUCAUUCCUGCUGUAAUUAGUAUGUUCCUAUUUGAAGCAGAGGGAGAGAGCAUUUCCAUUCGAAAUUUAGGUUGGCCCUUAGCGAACACCGUCUUGUUUGGGGUACUCCUGAGUGAGAAUUAUGCUGAUGAUAAGUUAUCAACUUCCAAGGAUUUUCAAAGGGAAUUUCUUGUCACUUUUGUCUGUACCCUUCUUCUGGAGCUGUUCUAUUUUCCCGAACUUUCGCUUUGGGGAUUGUUGACAUGUGGCCUGUUGAUUGGAUUUGCGGUUAGAAAGUUGGAUCCUUUGUAUUCGAGUUAUCUUGAAUUGGGCUUGGAACCUUCAGAGUCGUUAACUACCUCGGUUAUGAAGCCAAUUCGGCACAUUUUGAGUGAAAGAAAAUCCCGAAAAAUUGCACUUUUCCUUUUGAUCAACAUGGGUUACAUGGUCGUGGAAUUUGUUGCUGGUUUUAUGAGCAACAGUCUAGGGUUAAUAUCGGAUGCUUGUCACAUGCUGUUUGAUUGUGCAGCUCUUGCAAUUGGAUUGUAUUCUUCUUACAUUUCACGGUUGCCGGCAAACAGCCAAUUUAAUUAUGGCCGGGGAAGAUUUGAAGUCCUGUCUGGCUAUGUUAAUGCUGUUUUCUUGGUGCUGGUUGGAGCACUAAUUGUGCUCGAGUCAUUUGAAAGGAUUUUGGAUCCCCAGGAAAUUUCAACCAACAGUCUGUUGACGGUUUCACUAGGAGGGCUUCUUGUGAAUGUGGUUGGUUUGAUCUUCUUUCAUGAAGAGCAUCAUCAUGCCCAUGGCGGAGGUGGAUCGUGUUCACAUGCCCACUCCCACUCACAUUCCCAUCAUGCUCAUGAUCAUUCUGGUCACAAUCAUAACGCAGACACUGAUCAUCAUGAACUUAUAGUUGUUUCCCAUGACCACCAUGAAAACCAUACUGAUAAGCAUGAACACCAUGAUUUUGACCAUCAUCACCAUACUGAUAAGAAUGAACACCAUGGAAUCAGGAGUUCCAAGUGCAAUGAUCACCACGACCAUGUUCACCAACAUGAUCACCAUAAACACCAUCACCAUCAUGCCGACAGCCAUCCCCAUGGAAGCUCCAAGUGCGGUGAUCACCAUGAUCAUGUUCACCAACAUGACCACCACGAACAUCAUUACCAUCACGGUGACGAGCAUUCCCAUGGAAGCUUCCAUGCAAGUUUUCCUGGAGGCGCUGACAACCAUUCCUUUGGCGGUCACAUGGGGGAUGAUUCUCACAGCCAUGGGAAGCCUUCUAGCCAUGCUCAUACUCCAGUUUUUGAAAGUCAUUCCUCUUUAGUUAGUGAUGGUUCUCAGCUAAUAAAACCACCAUCUGAUAGAGAAGAAUUGCAGAGGCAACAUCCUCACCGCCACCACCACCACAUUGACCACAACAUGGAGGGUAUUUUCUUGCAUGUUUUGGCAGACACCAUGGGAAGUGUUGGGGUUGUUAUAUCAACCCUUCUGAUCAAGUAUAAAGGGUGGCUUGUUGCAGAUCCUGCCUGCUCGAUAUUUAUUUCUGUAUUGAUUGUAGCUUCUGUAAUCCCACUGCUCAGAAACUCUGCAGAAAUUUUACUUCAAAGAGUGCCUAGAGCUCACGAGCAGGAUUUGAAGGAAGCUCUGAAAGAUGUUAUGAAGAUAAAGGGAGUAUGCGGGGUUCAGAAUAUGCACGUAUGGAGUUUUACAAACACAGAUGUUGUAGGCACUCUCCAUCUUCAUGUCUCAACCGGGACAUACAAGUCUUCUGCAAAGGCACAGGUUUCUCACAUACUACAAGAUGUGGGGAUCAAGGAUUUGACCGUGCAGGUGGAAUGUGUCGAGAGUAGUUAAGAAUUUAAUCCCUGAUGUGUGUUAAUUUCCGAAAGCGCUUAGAGCAGGGAAAUGACGCCUGUGAGUUUUAGGAACCGGUUCUUCAUGCCACUGUAGGUCCAGUCCCGUACAAUGCUACAGAUGCCCCGCACCACCAGUCGCGGUCCUCGGUGCCCUCGCGUUCUCUGCAGUUUAAUUUGAGUUGGGAUCUAGAGAGGCAGCUAGAUAUGGCCCCUCUCAUGCUUAUGCUUCUACUUCUACUUCACGUUGAGAGGAUUUGGAAGAAACAAGCAGGUGCUAUAUAUGGGUCUUGGUUAUCUAUCUGCGCAAGGCAACAGUCCUUGCAACUCUUUUAAGUUAUUUGCUCAUCAGCUUCCCGUAUAAUUUGAUCCAAUCUUCUCUCCGUGCAUAUCUCUGGCAACUGUAAUUGGGAAAUUGCAAAGAGUUAUUUAAGCUGUGUGUUCUUGUAUUAUUGUUGAAGCUUUGUUAUAGACAAACUUGUCAAUGGAAACUAGGUUUCCAGUAGAUAGAAAGCCAUCACUUUUGUAUGAUGCCAUCUCCUAUAAGGCUUUAAAUAAACAAAGAGAAAAUAGUGUUAUGCUUUGUGUUC